GUUCAGUUGGUGCGAGAGGUUCGAGCGUGACGGACGGUUGAAGUUCGAAUUUGUGUUUAGACGACGGCGUGACAACAAAACAAGUGUGGUAGUGACAUUAAAUAAAAGAAAAAGAAGAAGAAGAAAAGCGAUAGCACGUUUCGCAGCGUUUGCGUUUAGCUUGCUCACGGAAUCAUCAUCAUUUGGCAAGCUAAACAAAUAAACAACGGUCGCGGUUUGUGGAAACCCUUCUCCUUUUGGUAGUUGGGAAAAAGAGACGCCUGAAUUAGAGGAUUGCAGACGCCCCCAAAGGAAAACACAACACAAUGGAAGACACAACUCAUUCGGCAAUGGAUGAGUUUUGUGGUUCGAAAUUCUGGGAUCUCAACGAAACCUGGUAUACAUUUGAUCCUGAUUUUACACCCUGCUUCGAACAAACCGUUCUAGUAUGGGCACCAUGUGCCUUCUUCUGGGCAUUUUGUAUAUUCGAUUUUUACUAUCUGAAGGCCAGUCUAGAUAAGAAUAUACCAUGGAAUAAAUUAAACAUAAGUAAAUUAUUGCUGACCUUGGGUCUACUAGUGCUGACAGCCAUUGACUUUAUAAUGGCAAUGGUGGGAAAGGGCAAUGAAGACACAGCCGAUUUUAUCUAUCCGGUUGAAAUAUGGACGCCCGUCAUAAAGUUUGCCACAUUUGCUCUCAUACUGAUCUUCAUUCCAUUGAAUCGCAAAUAUGGCGUCCAAACAUCCGGUUGUCAAUUCCUAUUCUGGUUCCUAUUAACAAUAUUCUCAAUUCCUAGAUGUCGCACCGAGGUGCGAGCUGAACGCAUUCGUUCACAAGUGGUAGAGUCGUCGCUGAGUGAUCAACCGGAUUAUUCAUGGGAUGAAUAUAAAUAUGUUAGUUUUAUGAUCUAUUUUGCUUUUUGCUGUGCCAUGCUGUUUCUGAACUGUUUUGCCGAUGCCAGACCGAGGGAAACCAAAUAUCAGCGCACGGAUAAGGAGAUACCCGAAAAUUCAGCCAGUUUUCUGUCACGCAUUACGUACCAAUGGUUUGAUACCAUGGCCUGGAGAGGUUACCGAAAUCCCUUGGAAGAAAAGGAUUUGUGGGAUUUAAGGCCACAGGACAGCUGUAAGGAAGUUAUGCCUAUCUUUGCCUACUAUUGGAACAAGAAUGUGCGUAAGAACUAUAAAGUCGAUCCCAAUCAACCAAAGGUGAAAUUCAGCAAUGGCAAGGUUUCGUUUGACAAUCCUCAUGGUGCCAAGAAUGGCAAGAAGAAGGGUGAUGCCUCAAUUAUGCCUCCCAUUAUUAAAUCAUUUGGUGGAGUUUUCCUCUUUGGAUCCAUGAUGAAGUUAAUGACCGAUGUCUUGACAUUUGCCCAACCCCAAGUGCUGCGUUGGAUUAUUGGCUUUGUGGAAGAUUAUGAAGACGAGAAACAACCACAAUGGAAGGGUAUAUUCUAUGCAGUACUACUUUUCCUUUUGGCUGCUGUACAAACAAUAAUCUUGGGUCAAUAUUUCCAUCGCAUGUUCAUUGUGGGUCUACGUAUUCGUACGGCCUUGAUUAAUGCUAUUUAUCGCAAAGCUUUGGUUUUGUCCAAUGCCACGAGGAAAGAGUCGACAGUGGGUGAAAUUGUCAAUUUAAUGGCUGUGGAUGCUCAACGUUUUAUGGAUUUAACAACCUAUUUGAAUAUGUUGUGGUCGGCUCCGUUGCAAAUCGGUUUGGCUUUGUAUUUCUUGUGGCAAUUGUUGGGUCCCUCCGUUCUGGCCGGUCUGGCUGUAAUGAUUGUUUUGAUUCCCGUCAACGGUGUUAUUGCCAAUCGCAUCAAGACCUAUCAAAUACGACAAAUGAAAUACAAGGAUGAACGUGUCAAACUAAUGAAUGAAGUUUUGAGUGGUAUUAAAGUUUUGAAAUUGUAUGCCUGGGAGCCUAGCUUUGAGAAACAAGUGUUGGAGAUCCGUGAGAAAGAAAUUGCCACCCUGAAAUCUACAGCUUAUUUGAAUGCCAGUACCUCGUUCUUGUGGUCUUGUGCCCCAUUCUUGGUAUCAUUGGUCACAUUUGCCACAUACGUUCUAAUUGAUGAAAAUAAUGUUCUCGAUGCUACUAAAACAUUUGUCUCAUUAUCAUUAUUCAAUAUCUUACGUUUCCCAUUAACCAUGUUGCCCAUGUUGAUAUCGAAUUUGGUUCAAACACAAGUCUCUGUGAGUCGUAUCAAUAAAUUCAUGAACAGUGAAGAAUUGGAUCCCAAUAAUGUACAACAUGAUCCCAAGAAACCCCAUCCUUUGUCCAUUGAAAAUGGUACUUUCUCGUGGGGCGAUGGUGAAAUUACCCUGAAAAACAUCAACAUGCAUGUCAAGAAGAAUACCCUCUGUGCCAUCGUUGGUACUGUGGGUUCGGGUAAAUCUUCCGUGGUUCAAGCCUAUCUGGGAGAAAUGGAAAAAAUUUCCGGCACUGUUAAUACCGUUGGCUCAAUUGCCUAUGUACCCCAACAGGCAUGGAUUCAAAACUCAACGCUGCGUGAUAAUAUUCUCUUUGGCAAACCAUAUGAUCGUAAACGUUAUAAUCGUGUCAUCGAUGCCUGUGCCUUACGUCCCGACAUUGAAAUGUUGUCGGCUGGCGAUCAGACAGAAAUUGGUGAAAAAGGUAUUAAUUUGUCGGGUGGUCAAAAGCAACGUAUUUCCAUGGCUCGCGCCGUGUACAGUGAUGCUGAUCUGUAUUUCUUGGAUGAUCCUUUGAGUGCUGUCGAUUCACAUGUAGGCAAACACAUUUUCGAACAGGUUAUCGGACCCAAAGGUCUGUUGGCCAAAAAGACCAGAGUUUUGGUUACCCACGGUAUUACAUUCUUGCCACAAACCGAUAACAUUUAUGUCAUGAAAUUGGGUGAAAUCAGUGAAAAUGGCACCUAUCAAGAGCUGUUGAACAAAAAGGGAGAUUUCUCCGAUUUCCUAAUGCAACAUUUGCAAGAAGGCGGCGAGGAGGCUGAAGAUUUGGAUGUUAUUAAACAACAAUUGGAGGGUACACUGCAAUCGGAUGAAUUGAAGAAUCAAUUCCGCAAAGUUAUUACAUUGGCCAAACAGGAAAGUUUAUCGGAUUCGGUUUCCGUACGCUCCUUUGAAAGUGGUACCAGCAGCUUAAGACGCCGCAAACGCAUGGAUUCUCAAACAUCCGUCACAACGGUGGCAUCCAAGAAGGAUAUGGAAGAACAGGGCAAACUUAUUGAGACUGAAAAAUCACAAACUGGUGGUGUUGAAUUCGCUGUCUACAAACAUUACAUUAAGAGUGUGGGCAUUUUCCUAUCCAUGGCCACAUUGAUAUUGAAUUUCGUGUUCCAAGCUUUUCAAAUUGGUUCUAAUCUCUGGUUGACAAAAUGGUCCAAUGACAAAAAUGUGGCCAACGACACGGGUCUGCGAGAUAUGUAUUUGGGCGUGUAUGGUGCCUUUGGUUUUGGACAAGGUGUGUUUUCCUAUUUUGCCGUAGUGGCCGUCUAUUAUGGUACCUUUGAGGCCGCCAAGUCCAUGCACAAUGAUCUCUUGCGAAUUAUAAUGCGUAAUUCGGUGAGUCGAUUCUUUGAUGUGACACCAAUUGGACGUUUGCUGAAUCACUUUAGCGGUGAUAUGGAAGUAAUCGAUGGAGAAUUACCAGCCACCGUGGAUGGGAUAAUGACAUUUAUGUUUUCGGUUUUGGCCACCAUUGUGGUUAUUAGUAUGUCCACACCCAUAUUCUUGGCAGUGAUUAUACCAAUUGCCUUCCUAUACUAUUUUGCCCAACGUUUCUAUGUGGCCACGUCUCGGCAAUUGAUGCGUUUGGAAUCGGUAUCAAGAUCGCCCAUAUAUUCACAUUUCGGAGAAACGGUGACCGGUGUAUCAACCAUCCGAGCCUAUGCAGUCCAAGAUAGAUUUAUCGAUGAAUCCGAUAACAAGGUCGACAAAAAUCAAAUUUGCAAAUAUCCCUCCCUGAUUGCCAAUCGUUGGUUAGCUAUUCGCCUGGAAAUGGUGGGUAAUUUAAUUAUUCUCUUUGCCUCGUUGUUUGCCGUACUGGGUGGUCAAACCAAUCCCGGCUUGGUUGGUCUAUCCGUCAGUUAUGCCCUACAAGUUACCCAAACCCUGAAUUGGUUGGUGCGCAUGUCUUCGGACAUUGAAACGAAUAUUGUGGCUGUGGAACGUAUCAAGGAAUACGGUGAGACCAAACAAGAAGCUCCAUGGGAAAUUGAAAACUCCAAGGUGCCACGUGAUUGGCCCGAACAGGGUCAGGUGUGCUUUGAAGAUUUCAAGGUACGCUAUCGUGAGGGUUUGGAUUUGGUAUUGCGUGGCAUUAGUUUCAAAAUUGCCGGAGGUGAGAAAGUGGGUAUUGUGGGUCGUACCGGUGCUGGCAAAUCCAGUUUGACUCUGGCUCUAUUCCGUAUCAUUGAAUCGGCCGGCGGUCGCAUUCUUAUCGAUGGCAUUGAUAUCUCCACCUUGGGCUUGCAUACUCUGCGUUCCCGCCUCACCAUCAUUCCCCAGGAUCCUGUGCUCUUCUCCGGUUCGUUGCGCAUCAAUUUGGAUCCCUUCGAAGUCAAGAGUGAUGAGGAGAUUUGGAAAGCUCUGGAAUUGUCCCAUUUGAAGACAUUCGUUAAAUCUCUACCAUCCGGUUUGAAUCAUGAAAUCACCGAAGGUGGUGAAAAUUUGUCGGUGGGUCAACGUCAAUUGGUGUGUUUGGCUCGUGCCUUAUUGCGCAAGACGAAAGUAUUGAUUUUGGAUGAAGCCACUGCCGCUGUUGAUUUGGAAACCGAUGAUUUGAUUCAGAAAACAAUUCGCUCCGAAUUCGCCGAUUGUACCAUCUUGACCAUUGCCCAUCGUUUGAAUACAAUUUUGGACUCGGAUAAAGUUAUCGUUUUGGACAAGGGUGAAAUUUCCGAAUUCGAUUCACCCAACAAUCUAUUGAACAAUCCUCAAAGCGCCUUCUAUAGCAUGGCUAAAGAUGCAAACUUAGUUCGUAAACGUUUAACAACACAAGAUUCCGAAAGUGAAAUUUAAAGAAGAGUAUUUAAAAAAAAAAAUAAAACAAAACAUAAAUAAAAAAGAAACAAUACUUUACAAAGUCCAAAUCAACCUGCUGCGAUAAAAUUCAAGUAUAACGCCUAAUGAGUUACUUAACAAAAAAAAUAUUAAAUAUGUAAUUGAAAACAAAAACAAUAUUUUGAUUGUAAAACUAAAUAUCUUAAAAAAUGUUUGUAAAUACUACCUCAGUAUCCUGUGAGACGUCAAGUUAUAGAGGAUAUAAAAAAGCAAUAACAAAUAACAAUUUGUAAAGAAAAAGAAAAAACAAACUACGAAACAAAAUUUUGGAGAUAUUUGAGAUCUAUUUUUGGUUAAAUUUUUUGCCAGCCUUACAGCCUCAAAUUGGCUCCACUAUUUUUUGUAAUGAAAUAUCAAACUUUAACAACUUCAAAAUUAUAAGUAUGUACAGUGAAACCUAUGACCAAAUUCUUGUAUUCCAUUCGAACAAAUUUCAAACGAAAUUAAUUUAAAUAUGCCCAUUUUAGAUUGAUUUGAAUGAAAAUGUUGAAAGAAACCGCAGGGAUUUAAUUCCAACCUUCGAAAUUUACUAGUUUCUAACGAAAUUUUUAAUUUAUCCAUACCAAAAGUAAACAUUUUCAAAUUCAUUCCGAGCGAAAUCUUAUCGAUAUCGAGUGCGAGAAUUCGGAACCUUUGAAACUUAGGGUGAAAAUACAUAAACCGCACAUUUGGCUGGCUUAAGUCAUCGGCUGGCUUCAUUGUACAAAUGAGUUUUAGGUUGAUUUUGUUCGAUUUUGAACCUAGGCUCCUUUGAUCAUUUCCGAAGAAGCCAGCCGAUGACUUAAGCCAGCCAGAUAAGCGUUUUAUGUAUUCCCACCUUUACUUUUUUAACGAAUUUUUCCAUUUAUCCACACCAAACAUAUUCAAAUUAAUUUCAAACGAAAUCUUUUUAAUAUCGAGUGUGGGAAUUCGGACACUGUUCUGGUGAUCUACAAGCAAGCGUGGAAUUUCUGAAAUUCCUUUAUAAAAAAUUAUUUUAGGAAAAUAGUAAAUUUUUCUAAAAAAAAGAAAAAA